AUGUCGGUCGACUACCUCCUCCACGAGUCCUCCGUGGGCUAUGCAGUUUUCAAGGUGAAGCUGCAAUCCGACACCAUCGGCGCCCGCCAGAAGGAGGUUCAAGAUGCGCACACAGAUCUGGCCAAAUUUGGGAAGAUGGUGGAGCUGGUGUCCUUUGCGCCAUUCCAGGGAGCUGCGCAAGCAUUGGAGAACGCCAACGAGAUUUCUGAGGGCCUCAUGAGCGACUACCUCAAAACCACUCUCGAAGCGAAUCUGCCCAAAGCCGGCAAGAAGAACAAAGUCACUCUCGGCGUGGGAGACAAGAACUUGGCAGGAAGCAUCAAGUCUGCCUUUUCUGGUCUGGAGUGCGAGACACCAGAGACAAGCGAGCUGGCUGCCGACUUGCUGCGCGGCAUUCGCCUGCACUCUGAGAAGCUCGUCAAGCAACUCCAGACCGGUGAUAUUGGACGUGCACAGCUCGGCCUUGGUCACGCAUACUCGCGUGCCAAGGUCAAGUUCUCCGUUCAGAAGAAUGAUAACCACAUCAUUCAAGCGAUCGCGACCAUUGACCACCUCGACAAGGCAGUGAACACAUUCUCCAUGCGAGUGAGAGAAUGGUACGGCUGGCACUUCCCGGAGCUGAUACGAAUCGUCAGCGAGAACCAGAAAUACGCGCGAUGUGCUCUCUUCAUUGGCGACAAGAAGUCCCUCACUGAGGAUAGCCUGCACGAUCUCGCCAAGAUUCUGGAUGAUGACGAGAGCAUUGCGAAGGCCAUCAUUGAGGCCGCACGAGUAUCCAUGGGCCAGGACAUCUCAGACGCGGACAUGGAGAAUGUCAUGACCUUCGCCAAGCGCACUGCCGACCUCGCCGCCUACCGUAAGUCGUUGGGCAAUUACCUCGUUGCGAAGAUGGGUGUUGUCGCACCCAACUUGGCUGCACUUAUCGGAGAAACCGUUGGAGCUCGUCUCAUUUCCCACGCUGGCUCGCUAACAAACUUGGCCAAGUACCCUGCUUCGACUGUACAGAUCCUUGGUGCUGAGAAGGCGCUUUUCCGUGCUCUCAAGACCAAGGGCAACACUCCCAAAUAUGGUUUGAUCUACCACUCAUCAUUCAUUGGUAAGGCUGGAACCAAGAACAAGGGCAGAAUAUCACGCUUCCUUGCGAACAAGACUUCCAUUGCCUCCCGGAUCGACAACUUCAGUAUGGCACCGACUAGGGUGUUCGGUGAAGCACUUCGAGCGCAGGUCGAUGAGCGAUUACGAUUUUACGCCGAAGGCGUCAACCCGACCAAGAAUGCCGAUGCAAUGAAAGCCGCAAUGGAUGCCACCCUUGCCAACAUGGAAAUCGAUGACCCGACUGCCGAAGCUGCCGACGAAGAGAUUGCCGCUGCUGGCGUCACAUCACAAGCCACCGAGCAGAAGCAACGAAAGGAGAAGAAGAAGGACAAGAAGUCCAAGUCUAAAGACGAGGAUAAGAAGCUCAAGAAGGACAAGAAGGAAAAGCGCAAGUCCUCGACAUUAGCAGACGGCGACGAUGAGCAAAUCAAGAAGAAAAAGAAGAAGAGCAAGUCGGAGUAG